AGCUAGACACCGUCCCCAAGCCAUGGUCCCUACCAGCCACGGCUCAGCCUGGGUCCCUCUGCUCCCGACCCGAGUGCCCAAAGCAGGCUUUGGUUUCAUGUCAGCAGCCUUCAUCUGCCUUCCAAAAAUAAGCCCCUGCCGCCAUGCUGAGGGGAGAAAAACAAGAAGGGCGGUAUUUUUAGGGCCAUUAAUUCUGACCACGUGCCUGAGAGGCAAGGUGGAUGGCCCUGGGACAGAGGCUGUUCAUCACUAUGUCCCGGGGAGCAGGACGUCUUCAGGGCACGCUGUGGGUUCUUGUCUUCCUAGGCGUCCUAGUGGGCAUGGUGGUGCCCUCGCCUGCAGGCACCCGCACCAACAGCACGCUGCUGGACUCCAGGGGCUGGGGCACCCUGCUGUCAAGGUCUCGAGCUGGGCUAGCUGGAGAGAUUGCCGGAGUGAAUUGGGAGAGUGGCUACUUGGUGGGGAUCAAGCGGCAGAGGAGGCUCUACUGCAACGUGGGCAUCGGCUUUCACCUCCAGGUGCCCCCCGACGGCCGGAUCAGCGGGACCCACGAGGAGAACCCCUACAGCCUGCUGGAGAUUUCCACAGUGGAGCGGGGUGUGGUGAGUCUCUUUGGAGUGAAGAGUGCCCUCUUCGUUGCCAUGAACAGUAAAGGGAGAUUAUACACAACGCCCAGCUUCCAAGAGGAAUGCAAGUUCAGAGAAACCCUCCUGCCCAACAAUUACAAUGCCUACGAGUCAGACCUGUACCGAGGGACCUACAUCGCACUGAGCAAAUAUGGACGGGUAAAGAGGGGCAGCAAAGUGUCCCCAAUCAUGACUGUCACUCACUUCCUCCCCAGAAUAUAAGGACCCUCAAAGAAGGCUCACAGAUUGAAAGCAACAUCUUUUGUUUUGGAAUUUUGCACAAAUGAACAAUUCCCCUUACCUCCCACCCCCCAUGACUCCUCAGUCAGGCUUUUCCUGUACUUGGGGAGACCUGAGUUGGUUCCCUGGGUGACCGGACCCCAUGGUAUGUAACCAAACCAAGAGAGAGGUUGCGACCAACAUCCUAGAAUGGCAAUGGAUGCAUGCUGUGACCUCAACUGAGGAAAGAAGGUACAUGUGGCAUAUGACCACGUGCACAGGAAAAGGCCAGGGUGGGAGUAUUCGUGUGUGUUGAUGUAUAUCCAUACAUCUUCACGUAGAUGGUCUGAGAAAAGGCAUUGCAGAGCAUUGGGUUUCUUUCUCCCAGUAUCAUUGCUGCAGGAAUCUGCCUGCAAGAAUGCCACUUGUCAAACCAGCUGGAUUGAUGUGUGUGCCCAUUCUGCCUCUUUCCAAUCAUUCUUCCAUCCAGAGGCCACUUAGUGCAUGCAUGGGUUGCAUGGG